AUGCAGAGUUCAAGGUGCGCUGCACUAAGCGCGCUUUUGAUCGCCACCGUUUUAAUACUUCCUGCCACAGCUCAACCACCAACUGCAGACGCAUCAAUAAAUAAAGACCGAACCUUAAGAUUAGUCUCAAUAAAGGCCGGAAAAAAUGUCGCAAAAACACCGCAAAAAGGAUUUUUUGGUACCAUAUUUGGUUUAAUUUUAGAGCAAAUAAAUGAUACGAAAAGCGCAUAUAGUCAAAUUUCAGAAUUGGUGAAUAACCAAUUUGUAGAUGAUAAUGCUGCACCACCACUUAAUACAACUAACGGAACUAGUGACGCAACAAAAAUAACUAUAGGAGAAUUUUUAAAAAUCCUCGAUAGAAAUUUAAAAGGCUUAGCACGUCUUCGUAAUCUUGAAUGGCGGGAAGCAAGAAAGGAUUCCUGGACAAAUUUAGUGAAUUACAAAAACGAAGUAUUUUCUGCAAAAAGAGCAAGAAAUGGAAGACGUAGCGUAGCUAAGCUGAAGUCGAAACUGAAUUCACUGAGCAAAAGAGAUGUCAUCACGUGGCAGAAUAUACGCCGUGGAUCUUAUGAUGGCGGACGUGGAGGCAGAGGUGGUGGUUACUCGUCAUAUAAUAAUGAGUCCCGCUACAAUAGUAGCAAUUCAAAUAGAUACUCCACGAGUCGUGACAGAAUUGAUGAUUCAUAUAAAAAGCCUUAUAGAUCGGAUGCUUCAGCAAACUAUGGAACUCGUGACUAUGGUCGCUCAGGUUCACCUGAUCGGAAAAGAAUGAGGAUGGAGGGCUCCUCGAACGAUAGACGUAGCCAUGAUGGCGGCGGCCACUAUGGCGGAUCGUACAGCGGUAGACAAGAGAGCUAUAGCGGCGAAAGAAGGUCGUUUGGUGGGGACGAUAGAAGACGCUCCCCAAACAGAGAUGGAUACCGCAAGCCGAGCGGCAUGGGCCCGCCGCGGGAGCCGUCUCGUGUGUCAGUGCGACCCCGAGCGCCCCGCAGGUCGUUCCGUGGCCGGACACUCCGCACGCGCGCCUCCUAUCGCGGUGCGCCGCGCUCUCGUGGCACCUUUAUCUCUAGGCGCUUCGGCGAACGCUCGCUCGGUUACCCCCGCGCAUUCAGACCAAUGAAGAGCCGAAGCUCCAUCAAAUCGAAAGAAGACGCAUCUUCUACUGAAGAAGAUUGGGAUGCUGAUGAAAAAGAAGAGGAUGAAGCAAUUGAAGAGAAGAAGGAACCGAAAAUUAAAUCACCAAAAGUAGAAGCUGAAGCUUCUGAGGGAGAAGUGGGUGAUGGUGGUGAAGAUACUGAUAAAGAGCCUGAUGCUGCAUCAGAUGGAGAAGCACCUAAUCCAAGACGCUAUGUGCAUCUUGCAUGUGUUCAUUGUAAAGAAAAAUGUGCUACUUUUGUUGGCUAUGCCAAGCACUUGUUAUCCGGUAAGCAUCGCGCAGCAAUGAGUGCAGUGGCGCGUCGCCACAAAGUGCAGCUAUUGCGCAUGCGCGUGGCUCAGCGCGGAGCUCAACGUGAACUCGAGGCAGCCGCUGGCGCCGAGCUGGCCGCAAGGACCACAUUCUGCAUGGUGUGCCGUCUGAACCAUCGGACUACAAGCCACUCGCACAAUCUCACCGAUACUCAUCGCGCGAUGAAACGCUUUUUGAUGCCGUUUUGUCGCAUUUGUCGUAUAAAGUUCCGGUCACCUAUGAUCUAUGAGCAUCAUAUUUGUUCCCUUGAACAUCUGAAGAGAAAAGCUAAUCAAAGUGCUCAGCGAGCAAGUCCUAAAGCUGAAGCCAGUGGUGAUGAGGGCAUGGAUGUUGAUUUGGACAACUUUAUGACUUUAGACUCAGUAGGUGAUGUUGAUGAAGUAGAAGAUGAUGAUUCUGGUGGUGAGAAAAAGGAUGAUUCUUCUCCGAAGAAAGCAAAAGUUGAAAUUAAUAUAGGAAGUGAACAUAUUAAAAAAAUGGAGGUGUGGUGGUGCGAACUUUGCCGCGUGUAUCUGCCCCGCACGGAAGCUGGCGGGACUGAGGAGGCGGAGGCGCUGCGGCGUCAUUGCCGCCUGCGCAUCCACCUUGGUCGUUACGUGCAGCAUCGCGACACGCGUACUCUGCGCCGCCACGCCGAACGCAUCCACCGUCAACUACACCAGCAAAAAGAAGAUGCAAAAGCUGAGGCAGGUGAAGAAAACUCUGAUGGCAAAGUAAAAAAUGAAAAACAGGACCUUGGCACUGACAAGAAGAAUUUGGAAAAUGGUUCAGAAUUAGUUAAUGCCUCUGGCAGUGAAGAUAAACUGUGGGCUGAUGUUGAUAAAGACAUAGGAGAGUUACUGAGGGAAGUAGACCCCCAAGGAAAUGAAGGCAGUGAUGAUGACGAAGACCUUGGACGGUAUGAUAAGUUCCGAAAAAGUGACAAGAAAUCAAAAAGCGCAGAUGGUGAAGAAAGUGAUGCCAAGGCAGCAGAUAAUGCUAAAGAAAAAAAUAUAUCUGAAGUAAAUACUACUGCU